ACAAAAGCAAACCAACCGUCUCUCUUCCCCAGUACUUUUCCUUGGAGCCGAGCACUUUGGUUCGUUCACCAUACUCCGAAAGAUACCCUUCCCUUUAAGCACAAGCUCCUGGUCUCUUACCACCCUCACUCACUCCGCCCUCCUUCCGCUGCCAUCACAUAACAAUCUCCCAGUUCCCAAUAAAAAACCUUAGACCACCCCUCAAAUCUAUAAUCCAGAAACCCACAAAGAUCCUAAUGGUACUUCCAUUUGAGAGAAGACAACCCCUCUGAGCCCCCCUGUUCUCUGACUGGCCUUUUGGCCAUGGCCAACGCUGACAACCAGCAAACCUGGGUUCCCUAUGAGCCAACCAAAGACUGCACUCAGGGCUUAUGCAGUGUCUACUGCCCACAGUGGUGCUACCUAUUUUUCCCACCACCUCCCCCCUUCGAGCUCUCCGACGACAGCUCUGGCCCGACCUUCUCCCCCCUCGUGAUCGCCAUCAUCGGCAUCCUCGCUGGCGCCUUCCUCCUCGUCAGCUACUACGCCGUCAUCUCCAAGUAUUGCGGCAGCUUCGACUCCCUCCGCCGGCGGCUCCAUGGCCACGGGGGUGUGCAUGACCGCGAGCUCGAGGACGGCCUUGGCCAAUCCCGCCGCGACGAGCCAGGGCACGUCUCCCCAUCGGACGGGCUCGACGAGGCCUUGAUCAAUAAGAUUGCGGUAUGCAAGUACCGGAGAGGCGAUGGACUGGUCGACGGCACCGACUGCUCGGUGUGCCUCAGCGAGUUCAGGGAGGACGAGAGCCUUCGAUUGCUCCCCAAGUGUAGCCAUGCUUUCCAUGUCCAAUGCAUCGAUACUUGGCUCAAGUCGCACUCUAGUUGCCCUCUCUGCCGUGCCAAUAUUGUCUCGGUGGACCCAUUGUCGCCGCCACCGCCGCUACCGUUGCCAGCUCCUCCUGAGCUGGAAAGCAUGCCUGCCGUGGCCGAAGGUGAACACCUCGAGGAGAUGGUUGUGAUUAUAGAAGAUCUGGACAGGGGUGGAGAAGAAGAGACCCAAUUGAGGAAUGAUGGUGAUGUGCCUGCCAAGGAACAGUCACACCCCUCUCAAGUUCUUUGUAAUCAGGAAAGGAUGGAGGAGAGUGAUAGUAUAAUUGAGAUUAGAGAUGAUGCUGUCUUCCAACCAAUUAGGCGAUCGUUCUCGAUGGACUCCUUGCAUCGAGGGCGGGUUUCGAUUGCUGAAGUCUUGCAAAUGAGCAUGGAGGAUGAAUUCUUAGCUGCCAAGGAUCAUGGGUCUUUGGUUGGCAUUGGUUCAUCGACACGAUGUGGAGGAGAGCAGAGUAAGGCUGGUAGCAGGACCAGGGGCUUGCAUUGUGUUAUGAGCCCCGUCCCAAUGAAGAGAUCCUCCUCUAGUGGGAGGUUCUGCUUCACCAGGCAUGGAAGGGGAAAGGAUUGUGUCCUUCCUGUAUAAAAGAAUAUAUACCAAGUAGGAUAUAGCACCAAGCUGUUCUUCUUCCCAGUGGAAGUGGUAAGAGAAAGGAACAGAGUCUCAUUCUUCAGCUAUCCAGUCGAACAAGGAAAGACCUAGCAUCAAUCGGAUUUUGGAAUUGAUAAUAUACGGAUUCCUUUGCUGAGGGAAUCCUGUUUGCUGAGCACCUAUCUGUCUUAUCUAAGUCUAAAUUCUAUCAUAUGAGUUUGUGGAUUUGGUGGAAUUGGGAUGCUCCAGAGAACCUCAUAUCAAGUGUUCUUUUUUUUUUUUUUUUCUGUCAUCAAUUCUUCUGUUAUUGCUUCGAGCAUGCGUAUGCCCUCUUGUUUUCUUUCUAUUUUUCUUUCAAUGUAAUAUUGUAGUUUUGCAGAUGAUUUGGUAAGUUAAAACCAAGUAGGAACUGGAGAUUUUUCUAAUGUUUUUAAAGAUAAUUUCACCGU